AUGAGAUGGCAUGCAGAAGAGCGCUCAAAGGAUGGAAAAUUGAGGCAUCCUGUUGAUGGUAAAGCGUGGAAGGACUUUGAUGAGCUCCAUCCAGAUUUUUCUAGUAAGCCCCGCAAUGUAAGACUUGGCUUAACGAGUGAUGGGUUUAAUCCAUUUAGGACCAUGAGCUUAUCUCAUAGUACAUGGCCUGUCUUGAUGAUGGUAUACAACACACCACCUUGGCUGUCCAUGAAACCUAAAUAUACAAUGUUGUCAUUGUUGAUUCUUGGACCAAAAUCUCCAGGCAAUGAUAUCGAUGUUUACCUCCAACCACUGAUAGAGGAGCUAAAGGAGUCAUGGGAAUCCGGCAUAGAGACAUAUGAUUCUUCAAUGAAUCAAACUUUUCAAAUGCGUGCAGCUCUUUUGUGGACAAUUAGUGACUACCCUGCUUAUGCUAUGUUGUCGAGAUGGAGCACCAAAGGGAAAUUGGCGUGUGCCUGUUGUAACUAUAACACCAAUUCGUUAUACCUCAAACACAGUCAUAAGAUGUGUUAUAUGGACCACCGUACCUUUUUACCAAGAACUCAUUCUCGGAGAGACGAUGUCAAAUCAUUUAACGGAGAAGAAGAACAUAGGACUGCACCAUCCAUGUUAAACGGGGCAGAAAUUCUUGAACUCUUAAAAGAUUUCAAUAAUGAAUUCGGGAAGAAGAAAAAGAAGAAAGUUGAUGGCCCGUGGAAGAAGAGUAUUGUUGAAACUCUUUUGGACAUCCUGGGGAAGACAAAAGAUCAUAUUAAAGCCCGUUAUGAUUUGCAAGAAAUGGGAAUUAGAGAAAGACUUCAUCCACGGAAGAUUGGUGGAGGACGUUCAGAGUUUGCAAAAGCAUGUUUCUCAAUGACUCCGCACGAGAAGUCAAUUUUUUGUGGAGUUAUAAAGGCUGCCAAGUUACUAAAUGGGACUGCAUCAAAUAUUUCAAAAUGUGUACAAGUUGGUGACAAAAAAAUAUCUGGUUACAAGAGCCAUGAUGCGCAUUUCAUGUUACACUAUUUGUUGCAAAUUGCAAAAGUUAUACAAGUGGAAGAUUUAGAUUACCUAGAAGAUGAGAUUGCAGAGAUAAUUUGUCAGUUGGAGAUGAUAUUUCCUCCAAGUUUCUUUGACAUAAUGGUUCACUUGCCUAUUCACCUGGUAAAUGAAGGUAGAUUAGGUGGUCCUGUUCAAUUUCGAUGGAUGUAUCCCACCGAAAGAUACUUGUGUAAACUUAAGAGCUAUGUCCGCAAUAGAGCUUAUCCUGAAGGUUCUAUUGCCGAGGGGUAUCUGGCUGAAGAAGCUAUAACAUUUUUCUCAAGGUAUUUGCAUAGCAAUGUAGAUACAAGGUUGAAUAGGAAGAGUCGGAGUUAUGAUGUUACCGAUUCACUUGAAACAGAUCUAGAUGAUUACUUUACAACUGUCGGUCGUCCUUUCGGGGGGGCAGGUGAACCCUUUAAUCUUGAUGUGAAAUCAAAGGAUGAUGCCCAUCGAUACAUCUUAUUCAAUUGCAAUGAAGUUCAAAUUUACAUCAGUGAGCAUGAUCAAAGUGUUAAUUCAAACACUAACAAAAGGAAGUGGACCAAGGCCAAAAGUCAAAGUAAAGAAUUUAGUCAAUGGUUUAAAACUCGUGCCCAAAAUGAUGAUGUGCCAUUACAACUUAAAAAACUUUCUAGAGGUCCUAAUUUUGUUGCAAAGAGGUAUCCAGGUUACGUCAUUAAUGGAUAUAGGUUCCAUACGAGGAAACGAGAUACAAAUCUCAAAACUCAAAAUUCUGGCUGCGAUUGGUUUGAGGUUGAAAAAGAAAAAUACGGACUUACUUGUGUGCGUUUCAAUAAGAAAAUUUAUCAGAAUGAUCCGUUUGUGCUACCUUCUCAAGUUCAUCAAUGUUACUAUGUCCAAGACCCUUUUGAUCCAAACCGGCAUUAUGCUUUGCAAACAGUUCCACGAGAUUUCUUUAACAUUGCUGACCCGUCAAACUUACAAGCUGAAACACCUUCUAGUGGAGAAAAUAGGGAUGGUGAUGGUGAAUUAAAUUGGGUUAGGGAAGACAUACCUGCAAUAAUAGCUGAAACACCUCAUGAAACGAAUGAAGCUAAAAGUGAUGGAGAGGAUUUUGAUUAUGAUGAUACCCUAUUUGAUUACAUUGACUAA